UGUGAGAGUUCUGAUUAGAGGGAACGAACGAAACGACGGAUUACUCUUCUGCUUGAACUUUGGAUAACGCUGAGAGCGUGCAAGAGAGAGAGAGAGAGAGUCAAUGGCGGUUUCAUCAGUUUCAGUAACAAUGCGUCCCCCACCACUUGCAUUCUCCAACACCUUCGCCGCUGCAGCCAAGCCCAAGGUCUCUGUUAUCUCUUCGCCCUCAACUGCUUUCAAACCCCUCAAAUCCUCUCCACCGUCAAACCUUAGGGUUUUCGCUGCGCCUGAAGCAUUGGACUCUCAAGAAAUCCUGGAUGGUCCUGAACCUGCUGCCUCUGAGGUCGAAGGUUCGGGGAUUGCUGGUGCUUCGCCGCUUAGUAUUGGGGCUGAUGCUGACAAGAUGGCACCAAAGCAGAAAAUUAGGAUCAAACUGAGGUCAUACUGGGUGCCACUUAUAGAGGAUUCAUGCAAGCAGAUACUAGAUGCUGCAAGAACAACGAAUGCAAAGACCAUGGGGCCGGUGCCAUUACCAACCAAGAAGCGGAUAUAUUGUGUCCUGAAAUCUCCACACGUGCAUAAAGAUGCAAGGUUCCAUUUUGAGAUUAGAACUCAUCAGCGCCUCAUCGAUAUUCUGUACCCCACUGCCCAAACGAUCGAUUCCUUGAUGCAACUUGACCUUCCUGCUGGGGUUGAUGUGGAGGUCAAGCUUUGAGAAGGCACUGUUGCUGCUAUUAGGAGUACUAUGUCCAAAACUCUGCCAAGAAGCUGUUCUAUAUCUAUUCUUUCCAUCUGGAAAUUGUAUCUGCUUUCAUAUUUGAAGUUAAAUAGCGCCCGCUUGGACCAGCAUUAGGAGUAGAAGAAUGUGGGGGAUAUAACUUUGUAUACAUGUUUGAUUGUUUUUCAUCCUCAAUUUUGUGAUACUUUUGUCACUGCAUGUGAUUUCAUAGGGGCAGUUGAUGUUAAAACGGUAGAAAAUUAAAUGCCAAUGUCAAGUUCCUUUGUAUUAUGUAAUAUACUAUCCGUGUUUUGGAGAAUAUGGUGACUCAUUUAAAUUUAAUGAUAAUUUAUGUAUCUUUGGACGGCU